CGUAUAUCAUUUAGUGCUCUGUAAAUUCGCUCGUGUAUGCAUGUGGUGAUGAAGAAUGAGUUGGGGCACGAUAGAGCCCAUUAAGACGUUGAACGGCCUUUUGGAUUGGACCACCUACUUCUUCAACUAUGCCCCGGCUGCGUUCGAAGUCCCACUGCGUCCGACUAGUGUCAAGCGUAGUGUUCCGUCUUCAAGCUCGUCAACUCUCAGGAUUUUUACGGAUUCUGCGGCUCCGAGAACGUUGCUUUGUCAUGACAUGAAAGGGGGCUACUUGGAUGACAAGUACAUCGCUGGAACCACCAACAAUGAAUUUUUCCAUUUUUUCAAUUGGAAUUUCGUGGACGUGUUCGUUUACUUCAGUCAUUACUUGGUGACGAUCCCGCCUCCGCAUUGGGUCGCCUCUGCGCAUCUUCAUGGAGUUGCUGUUCUUGGAACAUUCAUUUCCGAACAUGCGGAAGGAUCUGACGUUUGGAACCAGAUUCUGGAGUCCGACUACGAAUGUUCCAAAGUUGCGCGAAAUUUGGCAAAGAUCGCUUAUUUCUACAAUUUUGACGGGUGGUUAGUCAAUGUGGAAAACGCUGUUCCGAAGCGGCGUAUCAGUGAUAUGGUGAAUUUUCUGCGAUUAUUGACCGAGGAAACGAAACGUUUGAAGCACGGCAAAUCCGUCGUGUUGUGGUACGAUGCGGUCACGGCUGAAGGAAAGCUGGAGUGGCAGAAUGAGCUCAAUCCGAUGAAUCAGCUAUUUUUUGAUGCUUGCGAUGGAAUUUUCCUGAAUUACACAUGGCGUGCCGGAAAUUUGUCUACCAGUGCUGUAAAUGCCGGUGAUCGUAAACGUGAUGUGUACGUUGGUUUGGACGUUCACGGAAGGGGAAUGUAUGGGAAUGGAGGAUUCCACACACGUCGGGCGAUGGAACUCGCUCGGAAGAAUGACAUGUCGGUUGCUCUAUUUGCUCACGCGUGGACGUACGAAAAAUUUAAUGGAGAGGCGUUCGUGGAACUGGAAAAUUUUUUCUGGUCUCUGCUUGUCCCGUAUUCGUAUUUCAAGGGACCAAAAAAGUUACCAUUCCGUACAUCAUUCUGCCGAGGUGUGGGGAAGAAAAUGUACAAAAACGGCGUUGCCUCCGGUGGCCCUUGGUGGAAUUUGAGUCUACAGCAGUAUCAGCCAUUGUGGGUUAGUCCGGAGUCCGCGAAGAUUGCUGACGAAACGAUGAUGCAAAUCGUUCCCUAUGCCCAAGCGACCUAUCCUAAUUGGGGCGAUGUGAAAGCUCAGGUUCAGCGACUGGAAGCUUUACAGUCAUAUGACGACGACGCUUACCAAGGCGGCUCCUGCUUGAAACUCAAUAAUGUUGAUGGCUUUAACCCCGAUUUCAUCAGAAUUUUUGUGUGCGACUUCGACCUCUCUCUGCCAGUCGUCAUCCGUUACGCUUACAAACUGGCUCCGGAUAACCUGAUCUCCCCGAUAUCAAGUUCUUCUUCUUCCGAUCCUAUUGACCAGUCUUUUGGCAUGGUGCUGAAACUACGUUGCCCACUGGAUGCUUCCAAAAAUGGAGUCAAAGUAUUCCUCUCGUCCGAAGGACGAGUAGACAUAGACACCCCAAAUAACAAGAGCGAUGGUGACAUAAGUGCGGAACCCGUUGUUGAUCGGGCAGUGAAUUCGUGGAUUUUCAAGGCGUUUCGCGUUAAAAGCAAAAACUGUGGUUAUCAGAUAGGGGAAAUCGCUGCUUCUUUGGGAUCGAAUUCUUCGGUCUUGCUGGGUUUCUUCGCUGUUGAGUUCGGUCGAGCGUGA